AUGCUCUCUGCCCGGCUGUCCAGCGCCCCCAAAUCUCGGGCGCAAAUCAACCGUGCCGUGGCUGUUCAAUUGCUGCGACAAAUUGACUCUCCGCAGCAGAUCCAGCAAUAUCUCCACCAGUUCCACCCGUCCCAGGGGGACCCUCUGGCGGUCAUUGCACUUGGUCGAGAAGCGCUCCCCCCGUCCCAGUCCUCCGCCGCCCGCGUCCAACUCGAGCGACUGGCCGAGUCGUUAGCUUUUCUGCGACGGGUUGGACUGUUUCCCAUUGUGGUCCAUGGCGAGCUUGAUUACGAUCUGGAGCUGACAUCCAGAUCGCCGGCCGAAGUUAACGUCUUCGGCCCACCGCCGGCCGAUCAGUCGAACAAGCUGCGUCGGAUUCGCACCGCCAACUACCAAGUCAGCGCGCUGCUCGAGCGCCAGGAUGUAGAGACACGACCCAUCCCAGGGGGGGUCUUUACCGCUGUCUCCGAUCCGGAGAACCAACCCUCCAGCGCGCAGGGGCUCGUCACCGCGAUCGCGCCCGAGGCGAUCGAGUCCGCCGUCCGAGCUGGCUCAAUCCCCAUCGUGGCAGCGCUGGGCACCUCGUCCGCUCAUUCUCGCACCUAUGCCCUUGAUCCCUACCAUGCUGCCGUCCAUCUGGCACGGAUCCUGCAGCCGUUGCGCACGAUUUUCCUGCGUCCCGAAGCCCAGCCCCCAACUACCUCCUCCACCACCACAUUACAAGCACUGGCGCAAGAGCUGGGGCCCGACACCAGCAUCCUACUUGGGACUGCCAACUCCCUCAGCAGCUCCAUCUUCCCCGAUACCACCCCGUGGACAGUCCUCCGCAGCCCCCGGACCAUCCAGGUGGUGACCUCGCGGGCGGACUUCCCUUCCCAACGGGCCCUACGCGCCGCACUCCAGCGCCACCUCCACCCCGGCAGCGGGAUCGAGGUCAGCAUCGACGCGCUCCUGAACCAACUUGACACCCGACAGUUCGUCGCCUACUUCGACCAGUCGCCCAGCGAAGAGUCCACUGCGGAGGAGGCAGCCAUUCGAAAUCUCGCGAUCGUCUUCCCGCACGCCUCGUUCCCGUGGCCUCACACGAGCGACGAGAUCACGCCGGAGGAGAGCAUCUCCGAGCUGGCGCUCUUCGGCGUCGGCCCGUCCGACUGGCUCAAUGGGGUGGCGGAACAGUUUUGGGAUCGGAUUCGCGCGGACCACGUCUCGCUCUGGGGCUCCCUGGCGGAGGCCAAUCCCCGUUUGGCCUGGUGGUUGGCGCGAUCAUCGGGCUCGUUGAAACGGCAGCUGCCGGGACGCGUGCAUCUGUGGUAUGGGAUGGUGGCGUAA